CGAGCGGAGGAGGAGUCAGGCGUCCCCAGGCAGCCCAUUGCUGCGGCGGGUGGAGGCGGAGAGUUUACGAGGGAGGCUUCACUUCCCCCUCCCCCCGCUCAGCUCCUUCCCAGCAGCGCCCCCUUCUCCGCGGAGCCCGGCGCCUCCCGUGGUGCGGGGGAGGCGUGACCAGCUCCGGCGGGGCAAACGGGAGCUGCUGGCUGCGCGUCCCACUGGAGGGGUGAAGAUGGCGCUGGACGGCAGCAGGCAGCCCCCCAUCCUCCUCUUCCUGCUGGCUCUGGCUCUCCCGCUCGCGCCGCCAAGCCGGGCAGCGGACACCGCGCUGCCCCCCAUCCCCGCAGAUAAACUAUUAGUUCUAACUAUAGCAACUAAAGAAACAGAUGGCUUUCACCGCUUCAUGCAAACUGCAAAGCACUUCAACUAUACAGUGAAGGUUCUUGGUAAAGGUGAAGAGUGGAAAGGUGGAAAGUUAAUGAACUCUAUUGGAGGAGGACAGAAAGUGCGAUUGCUGAAAGAAGGAAUAGAAAGCUAUGCUGAUCAAGAGGACUUGGUUGUAAUGUUUGUUGAAUGCUAUGAUGUUAUCUUUGCGGGUGGCCCUGAAGAGCUGCUAAAGAAGUUCCAGCAAGCUAACCAUAAAGUAGUAUUUGCAGCAGAUGGACUAAUAUGGCCCGAUAAAAGAUUAGCAGACAAGUAUCCCGUUGUCCGGAGCGGAAAACAAUUCCUUAAUUCAGGAGGAUUUAUUGGUUAUGCUCCCUAUAUAAACCAAAUGGUACAGCAAUGGAACCUGCAGGAUAAUGAUGAUGACCAGCUGUUUUAUACCAAAAUCUAUAUUGACCCACUGCAGAGGGCACGUAUUAACAUUACUUUGGACCACCAGUGCAGAAUUUUCCAGACCCUGAAUGGAGCUGUUGAUGAAGUUCUUCUGAAAUUUGAAGAAGGAAGAGUAAGAGCUAGGAAUUCAGUGUAUGAGACGCUGCCCAUCACUCUGCAUGGAAAUGGCCCCACUAAAAUUUACCUCAGUUACUUUGGAAAUUAUAUCCCUAAUGCUUGGACACGUGAAACUGGAUGUGGUGUUUGUGAUUUAGAUUUAAUAGACCUAUCAACGGUUACAGAACAUCCAAGGGUUACAAUUGGUGUUUUCAUUGAACAACCAACUCCUUUCCUACCUAAAUUUUUAGACAGACUGUUGACUCUGGAUUACCCAAAGGAACUACUUAGUAUCUUCAUUCAUAAUAAUGAGGUUUAUCAUGAAAAGCACAUCAAGAAAUUUUGGGAGAAAGCCAAGAAGGCUAUCAGAAGUAUAAAAAUUGUUGGACCUGAGGAGAAUCUGAGUCAAGCAGAAGCCAGGAACAUGGGAAUGGACCUUUGUCGCCAGAAUAAAGCAUGUGACUAUUACUUCAGCAUAGAUGUGGAUGUUGUGCUGACAAACCCGAAGACUUUAAGACUUCUGAUAGAGCAAAACAGAAAGAUAAUUGCCCCACUUGUAACUCGCCAUGGGAAGCUAUGGUCCAACUUUUGGGGUGCUUUGAGCCCUGAUGGCUAUUAUGCGCGCUCUGAAGAUUAUGUGGAUAUUGUCCAAGGGAACAGAGUAGGAGUCUGGAAUAUCCCUUAUAUGGCUAAUAUAUACUUAAUUAAAGGACAGACUCUCAGAUCAGAGAUGAGAGAGAGAAACUAUUUUGUUCGUGAUAAGUUGGAUCCUGAUAUGGCACUCUGCAGGAAUGCCAGGGAAAUGAGUUUACAAAGGGAAAAAGGCUCCCCUUCUUCGGAAACAUUCCAUAUGCUCAGACCCCCAAAGGGUGUCUUUAUGUACAUUACCAACAGACAUGACUUUGGGAGACUUAUUUCAACUGCCAACUACAAUACCUCCCAUUACAACAAUGAUCUCUGGCAGAUUUUUGAAAAUCCUGUGGACUGGAAGGAAACCUAUAUAAAUCCCAACUACUCAAAGAUCUUCACUGAAAAUCUAGUGGAACAGCCAUGCCCCGAUGUGUAUUGGUUUCCCAUAUUUUCGGAGACUGCCUGUGAUGAACUGGUAGAGGAAAUGGAACAUUAUGGACAAUGGUCUGGAGGAAAACAUCGUGAUAGUCGUAUAUCUGGAGGUUAUGAAAAUGUCCCAACUGAUGAUAUUCACAUGAAGCAAAUCGGGCUGGAUGGUGAAUGGCUACAUUUCAUUAGAGAGUUCAUUGCACCAGUAACACUAAAAGUCUUUGCUGGCUAUUAUACAAAGGGACAUGCCAUGCUGAAUUUUGUCGUAAAAUAUACUACAGACAGACAGCGUUCCCUCAGACCUCAUCAUGACUCCUCUACGUUUACCAUCAACAUUGCUCUCAACAAAGUAGGAAAAGAUUUUCAGGGAGGUGGAUGUAAAUUUAUUAGGUACAACUGUUCCAUUGAGUCACCCAGGAAAGGAUGGAGCUUCAUGCAUCCAGGAAGACUCACUCAUUUACAUGAAGGACUUCCCAUUUUAAAUGGAACAAGAUACAUUGCAGUAUCGUUUAUCGAUCCCUAACUUUAUUUUCCUGCUUCUUCAAAACCAGUGGUUGGUUCUUUGACAUAAACUCUUAUUUAUAGUUUUCCUCCUAGAAGAUGGUGAUAAAAGAAACUUUAAAUUACUUCCUCUAGACAGCAGCUUUACUUUGAGCUAAGAGAUUGAAAAAACAACUUUAAAAAAUGUUGGACACUUCCAAAUGUCUGCUCUGAGCCUUAAGUCAAAGUAAAAAUGUUCUUAUUUUUGUACUCUGCUGUCUUGAAGGGUGGGGUGGGGAGGGAAAAUAGAAAUGCAUUUUAAAAUGAAUCAUUUUUUUUCUGUUAUGAAAAAUUCCUAGAUACAAAAUUAUCUCCAAAUCUUGUGGUUUUUAUUCAGUAAAAUUAUGCAGAUAAAGUUGUGUGUUGUGCAUAUUUUAUAACUACCAAUGGAAGAACCACACCUAGAAUUAGCAUCAAGUGAAUCCCAUAGCCUAGCAGAAUUGCACACAAAUUUUGGCUUUAAGCAAAAGCAUAUUUUGUGUGCUGAUGUGCACUUCAGCAACACCCCAGUAAAACUUUUUUAAAAGGUUUAAUUUAUAUUAAAUAUCAACAUCUAUAUCCUCAUAAAGAAAAUAUGCAUUGCAGAGUUUGAGGAAUAGAUUGAAUAAGUUAGAUUUAAAAAAAAAAAGGUUUUAUCAAGAACUACAAGUAUGUGUUUUAAAGAAGAACUUGUCCCAUUAAGGUUACUUUUCUUUACCAAGUGUUCUUCAAGUAAAAUGAGCUAUUUUUGUAAUGUAUAGUUGCACCAGGUUGAUACUGGAAAUUAAAUCCUAUUUUCAGAACACUGGUAAAUUUUAAUAUCAGGAUGUUUUGUAAACACAAUUUUCUGUUAUUUAAAAUUACUUGAAUUUUGUAUCAGGAAAAUGAAAUUGGUGAAGUCUUUCUUUUAAACCUAAGAGGUUUGACUUACCAUUUAUUUUAAAGGAAUCAGUUUUAAAUAUUCCUACUGUAUCUACUGUUUGUAAUUUAAAGAAACUUGAAGCAAACGCUAAACCAAGGAACCUAAGGUGCCAGAAUGAACGUGUUUAAAAACUUGUGAAAAAUAAAAGGUAAUUUAAAAUUAA